AUGUGGAGCCGCGCGUGCGGCCGGCUCUCCUCGGGCCUGCGCGGCGGGGGCGCGUCGUCCGCCGUCGUCGGUCGCCGCGGGGGCGCGUCGGGGCCGCGGGCGUCGGCGGAUCCGGGCGAGGGCGCGGCGGCGGCGGCGGCGUCGGGCCCGUUGCAGCCCGCGCUGCUGGAGUUCCUGGUGUGUCCGCUGUCCAAGAAGCCGCUGCGAUACGACGCGUCCACGAACGAGCUGGUCAACGAGGAGCUGGGCAUCGCCUAUCCGAUCGUGGAUGGGAUUCCCAACAUGAUCCCGCAGGCCGCGAGGUCCACGCUUCAGGCUGGGAAGCAAGAGGAGGCGCCGCCGCCGCCGCCGCAGCGCUAG